CACUUGAUUUGAUUAGAAGUUCAUUUCCUUUCUCUGCCAUUUUCCCCGACUUUAGGCCAAGUAAAACGGCACGGAGAACCUCGGUGAUCGUUUAGUGAGGUCUGUUAGGAAGGAAAAUGGCAGCCUCUUUUUACAUUUUCUUAUUUCCCUUUGACUGCUCUGCUGGAUCACAUUUAAAUGACUAGCUAAUAGCUACAACAACAUGUAUCAUCCUAGCUAGAUACAAUGUAGCAAAAUAAUAUAUUGUCAAUGUCCAGCUAAACUGUAACGGCUCAAUCAUAGAUUGGUCGUUGAUGCUAACCAAAACAAUAUCAGGCAGUCACCUCUGCCAACUAUUAGCGAAGAAGAGCUCAGUGUCGGUGCUCCUUUUAUCUGUUGUUCCCCAUAGCUGUGCCAUGUAGAAGGCAGUGAUUCGCCAUUAAACUUUUGCAAAUGAAAAUGGAGGAUAUGUCUCUGUCGGGCCUGGACAACACCAAGCUAGAGGCCUUGGCUCAGGACAUCUACUCGGACCUGGUGGAGGACGCCUGUUUGGGCCUGUGUUUCGAGGUGCAUCGUGCUGUCAAACAGGGCUACUUCUUCCUGGAUGACACGGACCAAGAAAGCAUGAAGGACUUCGAAAUCGUUGACCAACCAGGAGUGGACAUUUUCGGGCAAGUGUACAAUCAGUGGAAAAACAAGGAGUGUGUGUGUCCCAACUGCAACCGGAGCAUUGCUGCGUCCCGCUUUGCCCCUCAUCUGGAGAAAUGCUUGGGCAUGGGGCGCAACAGCAGCCGCAUCGCCAACCGCAGAAUAGCAAGCAGUAACAACAUGAACAACAAAUCAGAGAGUGAUCAGGAAGACAACGAUGACGUCAAUGACAAUGACUGGUCGUAUGGCUCAGAAAAAAAAGCUAAGAAGAGAAAGUCAGAUAAGAAUCCAAAUUCACCCAGAAGAUCAAAAUCUGUAAAGCAUAAAAAUGGGGAGCUUAGUAAUAGUGUCAAUGCAGAUCCAUACAAGUACAACUAUAACACUGGCAUCAAUUACGAAACUUUAGGCCCUGACGAACUGAGGUCUCUGUUGACAACACAAUGUGGAGUGAUCUCUGAGCACACCAAGAAGAUGUGCACCAGGUCCCAGCGGUGCCCCCAGCACACGGACGAACAGAGGAGGGCCGUCAGGGUGUUCCUCCUGGGGCCGUCCGCGUCGUCUCUGCCCGAUGUAGACAUGAUGGUGGAGAGUGACUGCUACGACGCCUCAGACGGACAGGUUCUCAUGAGUCGCCUACAGUGGGAUGGAUCCUCAGACAUCUCCCCCUCCGAUUCAGCCUCCUCCAAAGCCAGCACCAACAACUCAGAUUCUAAGAAGCCCAAGAAGAAGAAGAAGACGUCUCUUAGCCUAAACAGCACAGGAGGAGGAGGGGGCGGCAGUGGGAGUGGAGGAGGCAGUAGCUCCCAGAGUAGUCUAGUAGGCCUAUCCAACAGAAAGAAGAAGCCCAAGCUUCCUGUUCCCCCUGCCCCCAGUAUCUAUGACAACCUAAACUAGGAUAGUCCCAGUCUGCCCCCCCCCCCCCCUCCCUCUGAGGCAAAGAUGAUAACCCACUAACUCACAUCCACUCACUCACACAUUAAUAUCAGCUCUGAUUAGCCCAGGGGUUGUAACUUCUCUUUUUUCAUAAUUGGACACAGCACCCCUUCAUUUGAACGCCAUUUUUAUUUGUUUGUUGUUGAAGACAAUAUUUUGCAAUUCCAGUUAUAAAGAAACAUGGAUUGUUCACUUUAAUUAUGUUUUUGUUAAUCAGUGAUUUAGGCUUCAGACAUUGACCAAUCACACUCCGCUUUUUUUGCACUCUGAUCUGUUUUCUCCUGAAAACAAAACAUUGCUUUCUUUUUGACUGUGUCUCUGUUUAGGAGGGGACUUGUGGACUAAUUGCAUCACCUUACGACUACAGCGUUGUUAUUGUGGUGGAUGUCAGUGCCAUCUUGUUGUUUCACCAGUAUUGGGGUACUUGAUGGUGGCUUUAUCCGUACUUGCAUUGUAUUGCACAGUGGUGUGUGUGUGUGUUUAUGAAUGUUUGUUGUGUAAAGUUGACUGUUUUCCAUGUUGUGUGUGUGUGAUUUAAUUUGUUUUCAGAUUACUAUGCAUCUCUGAAUGUGCCAUUGUGGUAGAGUCAGUAUAUGUGUUAUUUUGUAUAUUUAACUUUUUUGGUUUACAUUGACUGUGUCAAGUGAGAAUGUGUAUUUAAUGUCUGCACUCAGUAAAUUGUAAAUGCAGAUGUUGACGUGUUUUUAUAUACCGAUACAUGUGGUAUGAUGACCUAUGUAAAAGAAUCAUGAUUUAAUUGGAUACUGUAUACAUACACGGCAACCUCUCUACCAUACACAGCUUCAUGCUAAACAGUGCUUCUUCCCUGUCUAUCUUUACUGUUUCAUACUCAGUCUGAAGUUGCUCUAACCUGCUUCUGCUGCAAAUCACUAUCACUCUAUACAAGUUGUAGAUCUCACAUUGCUUCCUGUUGAAUAAUGCUAAAGUAUAGUGGAGUCAACCAGCUUUUCCCCCAAUAAUACUCUAGGUCAAUCUGCAUCACUUGACUUGCUUUCAAAGUCUGUCUCUCUGAUUAUGUGCAGUGUCUAUGCGCUUGUAGGAAUUCAAAUCCGCCGCUUGCAACAGAAGUGCCAUGGCUGUUGCAUGGGAUAUUUCAGACUGUUAUUCUUGCCAUUUUCAGUUUUACUCUAGCUAACGAGUUAAGUUUGAUAUAUGUUGUUAUUCAUUCCUGUUUGAGGGGCCCACCAGACUAUACUUGCUAGGGAGAAUCUUAUAUACCCUGAGUUUUCAUUUAGAACAUUCAGCCAGUGAUGAAGUAUGACAUCACUUUAAUGUGCACUAAAAGAAUCAACCUUUAAGUGAAAAAAUACCUAUUUUGGAUAUGGCUCAUUUAAUUUGUCCCUCUUUGCUGACAGGGUAAAGAAUGGCCUGUAUUACUAAUACUGUGUAACUGUUUAUUUGUGUGUAUCAGUGUGUCUCUGAACAAUAUGAGUGUGGACAAAUGACGCAAUAGAAAGUGUCUUCACAACACAAAAACUACUUUUUUCAUGCACGUGUGUGUGCAUGUGCAAAUAUGUCAAUUGUAUAUUGUGACGCACAGGUAGGUUUUCUUUAUCUCAGUUUCCCAAGUGUACAGAGGUUUCUUUGUCUGAGUAAAAUAGUGUCAUUCAGA